AUGUCUUUACCGUCAAAGCCGCCAGAGAAGGCGAAAACUAAUGUCAAACAUAUAUCGAACCCUCGCCGGCUCUUGAUUCUCGCUCCCAGUGCGGAAUCCCAAGCUGUCAUCCCGCCUUUUCUCACCUGCUUGACCGGCUCUCCUCCUAUCCUCCCCUCGCCGCAAUCCGACACGAAGCUGAAAUACAGUGAUGCGACAAUCGAUACCUCAGACGUCGCAUCUACAACCCCACCAACGGCGUCAUUCGCAGGAUAUACAACACAUACACCGUUACAGCUGAACACUAAGUACUACAGUACGGAUAUACCAAUAUGGGUCGAUGAAGUUCCAUCCACCCCCUUAGCCGAGCCAUCGGGGGAGCUAUCUUCGCCUGCGGGGAAGGAAGAUAUUACAAGCAGCCCAGGGGUCUGGAGAAACGAAUUCAUCAGCGAAGAGGCUCGUGGGGUUAGAGAUGCCAUUGGAGCGAUAAUAGUGUGUGUUCAAAGGCCGAAGCCGCCUGACCCGGCUUUACGUCGAGAUAGUGUGGUGGAUGGGGAUGAGAAGAACUACAACGAUAUUUUUCAGAAUGCGGUAGACACGAUUAAAGAAAUUGCUCGUGCGGUGGCGGAGGUGAAGGCAUUGUCUGAAGAAGAGAGAGGCGAGAUAGGCGAUGUCCCCGGAUUAAUCUUGUUGGUUGGAGAGGGAUGUGAACGAAAGUCAUCCGUUGUGAGUGAGGAUGGCGACACUUCAGGGGAGUAUGGAUCUUUGUGGUGGGAUGAAGAAUUGAGUGACUUGGGAGUUGGAUCUGGACUUGAAGUAGUACUCUGGGAUCCUAAAAGGGGCAAUGGGAUAUCCUCGGCGAGGAAUGAAUAUGGAGAGCUUGUGGGUAUGGCAAGAGUUCUGGAAGUAUUAGAAACUCACCAGUGGUCGUCUUCGACCUCUGAUGAUCUAGCAGAUGACUUGGAGUCUAUUGACCCGGAAGGACAUGAUAAGGCGUCGGGAGGAUUCACUCUAGAAGCAAAUGAGCUCGAAAAGGAGAUGGCUAGCCUUCGGCUUGCCAUCAAUAGCAACACUAACGACAGUGAUAUUGGCGAGCAAUUCGAAAUUAUAGGAGAUAAUAGUCUUAAAGUCGAACAACUCGAAGGGCUAAUGCUGAGAGUGCAAGCCAUAAAAGAUAUGGGAGCAGAUUUGCCCGAACAAGAAAGAAAGACGUUUGCUGCAAAGGCCAUCAGAGACCUUAUGAAGGAUAUAUGA